AUGGACCGGACUGUCCGGGGCAGCAGCGCCAGCUGCCUGCCACUACUCCUGGCCCUCGUCCUCGGUCUAGUGAUCCUCCACUGUGGUGUGGCAUAUGGAAACUCCACAAGAAGUCCUGAAACUGAAGACCUUCUCUGUGGAGAUCCUGGAAAAAACUGUGCAGCUACAACCACACAAUCAAAGCGGAGAGGUCACUUCUCUAGGUGCCCUAAGCAGUACAAGCAUUACUGCAUCAAAGGGAGAUGCAGGUUCGUGGUGGCGGAGCAGACACCCUCCUGUGUCUGUGAUGAAGGCUACACUGGAACAAGAUGUGAGAGAGUUGAUUUGUUUUACCUAAGGGGAGAUAAAGGACAGAUUUUGGUGAUUUGUUUGAUAGCGGUUAUGGUCAUUUUUAUCAUCCUAGUGGUUGGUGUCUGCACAUGCUGUCACCCUCUUCGGAAACGUCGUAAAAGAAGGAAGAAGGAAGAAGAGAUGGAAAGUCUGGGUAAAGAUAUAACUCCAAUCAAUGAAGAUAUUCAAGAGACUAAUAUCGCAUAA